AUGUUGGGUGGAAGCGUGCUAUGGUUCCGACACGGGCUGCGUCUUCAUGACAACCCCUCCCUUCAUAGUGCCAUUGAAGACAGGAGUGUGCCAUUCUUCCCUAUAUUCAUUUUCGAUGGAGAGACUGCAGGUACUAAACUCGUGGGUUACAACCGCAUGCGGUAUCUUCUCGAGGCGCUGGAUGACUUAGACAGCCAGUUUAAACAAUAUGGUGGUAGACUGAUCAUGUUGAAAGGGCAGCCAAAUAUUGUCUUCCGUAGGCUCUGGGAGGAAUUUGGCAUUCGCAAGCUGUGCUUCGAGCAGGAUUGUGAACCUGUGUGGAGGGCUCGUGACGACAGCGUUAAGGUGGCUUGCAGGGAGAUAGGUGUGACUUGCAGGGAGCACGUGUCACAUACUCUAUGGGAGCCGGACACUGUUAUCAAAGCUAAUGGUGGAAUACCUCCACUCACUUAUGAAAUGUUCCUGCACACAGUAGCGACUAUCGGUGACCCACCCCGUCCAAGCCCGGACGUAGACCUCGCUGGGGUCAUGUUCGGCACACUCCCGGAAUGCUUCUACCAAGAGUUUACCGUCUUCGAUAAGGCUCCAAAACCAGAAGACCUUGGAGUAUUCUUGGAGAAUGAAGAUAUUCGUAUGAUUCGCUGGGUGGGAGGAGAGCGUCCAGCCUUGAAGCAAAUGUCCCAACGUCUUGCUGUAGAGUACGAAACAUUCCGCAGGGGAUCAUAUUUACCUACACAUGGCAACCCUGAUCUCCUCGGACCACCUAUAUCAUUGAGUCCUGCACUUCGUUUCGGAUGCCUUUCUGUUAGAAGCUUCUACUGGUCUGUACAAGAUCUGUUCCGUGAAGUGCACAGGGGACAACAGUCUGCCAAUAAUUUCAUAACAGGUCAGCUAAUUUGGCGCGAAUAUUUCUACACAAUGAGCAUUAACAAUCCAAACUAUGGUCAAAUGGCCAAUAACCCUAUUUGUUUGGAUAUACCCUGGAAAAAUCCCGAAAGUGAUGAAUUGCAAAGAUGGAUGGAGGGGCGGACGGGGUUCCCGUUCGUGGACGCGGCGAUGCGGCAGCUGCGCACGGAGGGCUGGCUGCACCACGCGCUGCGCAACACCGUGGCGUCCUUCCUCACGCGCGGCACGCUGUGGCUGUCCUGGGAGCACGGCCUCCACCACUUCCUCAAGGACCUGCUCGACGCCGACUGGUCUGUCUGCGCAGGCAACUGGAUGUGGGUCUCCUCGUCGGCCUUCGAAGCUCUUCUCGACUCUAGCGAGUGCGCCUGUCCGGUACAGUUGGGACAAAGGUUGGAUCCAAGUGGCGAAUAUGUGAAGAGAUACGUGCCGGAGCUGGCGCGCAUGCCUGUGGAGUAUAUUUAUGAGCCCUGGAAGGCUCCCAUCGAUGUUCAGGAGCGAGCCAACUGCAUCAUUGGCAAAGAGUACCCAGCUCCGGUGGUCAACCAUCUCGCCGCUGCACAAAGGAACAGGAAUGCCAUGAAGGAAUUACGCCAUAUCCUGCAAAAGGCGCCGCCACAUUGUUGCCCGUCUUCUGAAGAGGAAAUUCGUCAGUUCAUGUGGCUUAACGAAUAG